AUGGCGGCGCCCGCGGUGGCGGGCGCCCCGCGCCCGCCGGCGGCGGAUGAGUCCCGCGACGCGCGCUGGCACAGCCUGGGCCUCCUGGAUGACCACAUCAAGUCGCUCAAGCGGCAGAUCGAGGUGCUGGCGUCGGAGCUGCGGGCGGCGGUGGCGGAGAGGGACGCCCUGCUGAGCGAGCUGGGCGUCCUGCAGUGGCCAGGGCUGGAGCGCGACGCGCGCUUCCUGCUCAGGCUGCCGGGAUCCGGGCGCAAGGGCGGCGGGCCGGAUUGGCGAUUCGAGUCCAAGGCGGGGAAUUCCGAUGUCGGGCAUGGGAGCCAUGGGAAGGGGGAGGGAGAGUCAUCCGAGGGGGCACCGAAGCAGGGGCAGCACAAGCGGGGGCAGUCAUGGGCAGGGUGGGAAAAUAAAGCGGGCGCCAGGGGGGCGGGCGGGAAGAAGCUGGGCAGGAGCAGGAUCAGGUCGAUGGACUCCGGCUUGGGGAUGGAGUCCCUGCCUUUCGGGGGGGACUUGCCGACGCCUCGCGGACCGGCGCCGGACCAGUGCAAGCUGCCCGCCACGCCCGAGGAGGCUCCGGAGGAAGAGAUGGAGGAGGCGCCCGAAGCGGCUGGGGAGGGUGCCUGCGACUAUGGCGACGAGGAGACCACAAAAUCGAGUGGCACGGUGCUGUCGCCGAUCGUGGAGAACGAUAUCGAGGCGGUGAGCGAAGACGUCGAGGAGGUCAGAGACGUGGAAAUGAUGUCCAGCGACCUGCCGGACAGCCCCGUUUCUCUGACCGACUCGGAGCCCAGCGUGGGCACUGACGAGGACAUGGGAGUCCCCUCCGAUGAGGGCUCAGAGACGCGGGAGGGGGAGCAUGGCGAGGAGCAGGGGACCCCUGCUGGGGAGGGGGGCGUUGUUUGGCUGUCGAAUGGUGCAUUCCACCGGAACGUCACGGACUCGCCCACGCCAUCAUCAGAGUCCGAGUCUGCACCGGAGGCCACUGUCAGCGCCCACCACCCCCAGGUCCGGAUGCGCACCACGCAUGUGGCAUUAGUGGAGAGGGCCAACCGCGCUGCACGCUUGUCGAAGGAGCUGUUCCAGGCCAAGUUUGCGCUGCACGAUAGCCAGUCGCAGCUGCAGUUUUUAACCGAGAAGAUGAUGAUGUACAAGAACACGUUCCAGGACCAAGUGAGGCGCCAUGAGGAGGAGACGUGCAAGCUGAGGUCCAUGCUGAACGAGGCGACAACCUCAAAGUUCAUCAUGUUCUGCAAGCUGUCCGAGUGCCAGGAGAAGGUGCAGCAGCUGGAGGAACACCUGGUGCUGUCACGAGCCAUGGGCACGAGGGCAGGUCUAGGUGCCAUCGACGAAAACGUGGACCAGAAUGGCAGGGAGGUGCUUGCAAGGCUUCCCGAGAAGGAGCAGGAGAAGGUGGAUACCUCGCCUCGCUGGGUCCGAGGGUCCAGCAUGUCAACUAUUGAAUGCGGCGCUUGCAAGGUUGAACAGAGUGCUGUUGGGAGUGGCCUGCAACAGCGAUUGACAGAGACGAUGCGGCGGCUGCUUGAGGCUGAGAACCGCGGCGACCUAUUGCAGCAGCGCUUGAAGGAAAUGGAGACGCAGCUGAAGAGGAAGGGCAGUGAGGACAGCAGGUCCGUACAGUCCACAGACCGCUCGUCGGGGUCUGUGACUUCCAAGCGAAGCAACCAGAGCCACACCUGGAGUGAGCUGAAGCAGACGCGCCUGGAGCUCAAACGCACGAAGAUUCAGCUUCACAAGUGUGAAGGCGAACUGAGCGCUUCCAACAAGAUCCGUUAUCAGCAAGAGGCGGCAAUCGCAAAGCUGAAAAUGGAGCUGAAGGAAGUGAAGAGGAGGAAACCCCCGUCAUGGCGAUGA